CGCCCGCCGCUGGCGGGAGUCCGAGCGGCCCUGGAGGGGGCGCACGGUCUCCGACGCGCGCGCAAGGUAGAUAGAAAAUAAAAAUAAAACCAAACACCAGGCUUCCCCGCCACCUCCCCAGCCGAGCAAGAGAAGGGUGUCGCCGACCCGGGAGGGCAGGGGGCUUCCGGAGAGUUUCCCAGCCUCGAAAUGUGGGGGGCGGGAAUAAUAGGAGUGGGCGAGGCGUGGACCCUUAGCUUCGAAGCUGCGUUUGCAUAACACGCACUUGGCUUUUGUUUCCAUUGUGUGUCCGUUGGGGGCUAAGGGACUCCUGGGGUGCAAAGUUUGGGGGUGGAAGCUGCUGUGGAGGGGCAAAUUUUGUUUUUCUUAGAUCGAGUGACACAAAUCAGCAAAACACGUUCUGAAGAUGCUGAAUUUUAAAAUGUAUUAUCCUUGUGUUUAUUUGGGGUGCUGUUGUAGAUGGGGAGCUUAAGCUCCCAAAUUACCAGCUAAGAGUCCUCAGGCGGCUCCUGGCCGCCUCCUCCUUCCAACCACCGAGAUUUCAGCAAUCUCAGGGAACGACCGAGAGGCCCAGAGGAAUCGAGCCCUUUUCCGGCUUGCUUGUGGUGGUCAAAUCCAUUUGGGGGCGGGGUUGGGGCCCACUCGGGAGCCUCCACUCGCGGGAGGGGUCCCAGGAAGCGGACCUGGGCUUUGCAUUACCCGAGGCCCCUGGGAUGGGGAAAGGGGCAGGGGUCGAUUAAAAAAAUGUUCUCCCUUUUUUAAAAAGAGGAGGGGGGAGCUGAGACGUUAAAUUAUUUUGCAAACAUUCAUGCCGCGGGAAGGGCUGGGACAGGCCGCGCGGCCGCCGGAACCGGUCGGACAGGUAGCGAGCUUGUUGACACCGUUAUGUUGCAGGGCGCAUGCUCGCUCCCAAGUUUCCUGGUGCCUUUUCUAUUCCACCUUAGGAAACUUUUUCCCUGGCGUGGUCUCAGCCUGGAUUUAAGGCGCCGGAGUCGGCGAGGCGGGAGUCGUGGGCGCGCAGGGCGCAGGGACGAGCGGGGCGGGGGGGGCGCGGGGAGGAGCGGGGGGCGCGGCCGGGACCAGCGCCUAGCGGAGCCGGGCGGCGCGGGGGCCUCGCCAUGCCCAAAGCCUUCCUGGUGAAGCGCAGGAGCCCAGGCGCCGCGGAGCGCAGUUGGGCUGCGCUCCCGGACGAGAACCGCGCGGACGCCUACAUCCCAGUGGCCCUGGGACGCCUGUUUCAUAGCGCUGAGGACAGUCGCAGCGACGGCAGUAGCAGCAGCAGCACCGGCGAGCCCGGAGGCACCGAGAGCAGCUCGUCCCCGCGAGCUCCGGACCGCGACACCCCCGAGCCCGGCGACGCAGAGGGCGCAGAUGGACACCUGGCGGAGAAGCAGCGCGCGGUUGUCAGGUCGAAAAUCAAGUUCACCACAGGCACAUGCGGCGACUCAGCGAUGCACAGCUGCGAGCUCUGCGGCAAGGGCUUCCGCCUGCAGCGCAUGCUCAACCGCCACCUCAAGUGCCACAGCCAGGUGAAGAGGCACCUGUGCACCUUCUGCGGCAAGGGCUUCAAUGACACCUUCGACCUGAAGCGGCACGUGCGCACGCACACAGGCAUCCGGCCCUACAAGUGUGACGUGUGCCACAAGGCCUUCACGCAGCGCUGCUCGCUGGAGUCGCACCUGAAGAAGAUCCAUGGCGUGCACCAGCAGUACGCCUACAAGCAGCGGCGCGACAAGCUGUACGUGUGCGAGGACUGCGGCCACACGGGGCCCUCGCAGGAGGACCUGUACCUGCACGCACACCGCGCGCACCCAGGCAGCGCCCUCCUGCAAAAGACUUCCAAGAAGCUGGCAGCGCUGCUGCAGAGCAAGCUGGCAGCCGGGCCCCCGGGGGAUGCCAGCCCGAGUGAGGAGGAGGCCCGGAAGUGAGGGCUCUGCCCUAACCCAACCUCCUGUUUCCUUUCCCCUUGCCCUGGGUGUUGAACCCAGGGCCUUUGCACGGAGCUUCAUUCUCAGCCUUUGUUUUUUAU